GUUUUUAUCUGCAAACGGGUUCUGGCGUCCUGCAUGAGGGGUUUCGGUCCUGCUGCAAGUCGAGGUUAGCCUCCGAAAUAGCUUGCAAGGGGCUGACCGGUGAACGCAGGUUGCAAACAGCGUUGCUAACGUCGGUGUCGUGGGUGGCAGUGUGCCCCUCGGUGUUGUGGCUGUGUCAUGUCUGUCAGUAGUUUGCUGACCUGCCAGGCUCUGGAGUAGCCUAGCAUAAUCCAUUAGUCAUUUUUAAAACUUCUGCUAGUCACUUGCUAACAAACCAUUUCUAAACGGAAACUCUUGUCAGGGCUGAUGGCGUGUGUCAGGAAGGGCUUUGGUGGUGGGGCAGGGACCAUCUUAAAGCCCCUUCAGCAAGGGUUUGAAAAAGGGAGAGCAAGGGUUUUGAACAGCUCACCUGCUCAGGGGAGAGUUCCCCAAAGCCAUCGGCCCCAGCGAGCUAUGCUGCAUUCCUGUUUGUCUCUUGUGACAUUUGCAUUUUGUUCUUUGCUUUAGAACCACUGGGUUGCACAGAUGCUUCUUAAAUGUCCCAUGGCUCAUCAAGUUAGUAUAGCCAUGCUCGAUUUGGGGUGUUUCUGUGCAGGGGGAGGGAAAUUGGGGAGCCUUUAGUUAGUUUCUGCACUUCCCACAGAAACUAACUUGAAGCGGAAGUUUCUGAUUUUGGCUUUGUGGUAAGCACUGGUUAAAAGAGCAGAAACAAUGUUGAAGAGGGCCCCCUGCGAUUAAUGCAGAAAGUGAUUUUUGGCCUGGAAGGAGUAGGAGUGCUGAUCUGAGCAGUGUCAAAUGCUCCUGUUUUGAUCGGUUGGAGGUGGCGUCAUCACUAAGCAGCACUAUGUGUCCACACCCUUCCCAGGAAUGUUGGUAGCAGGUGUAAGCAAGCCAGUCUUUUUUCAUACCAGGCUCUUGCCAGCUGGCUCACUCUUCUGGUUAGCAGAUUCAGGUACCUGUUCAAUCCUCAGAUCAGAUUCCAGAGUGUGUGGGUAGGCAGGCCAAGCAGAUCAAUCCAGGGGAUGUCCAUAGCUUUGAGGGGAGAUACAGGUUACGCAGCCUGUGCACUCGUGCCAGAGCUGCUUCAAUUUAUUCUUUUCUUAUUUUGGGUUUAGCAUCCAUAAGGUACUGGCUCUGUUCUGGUCAGAAAUGGGCUGUGUUCCAUUUUACUUAGGGCAAGGGAAACUCUGUCCUCAGUGCCUUGUUCUUGCCUGUUUUACUCCACCCGUCAAUACUGUACUUUCAGUUUCCUACAGCUCUACUGUUGUUCUUCUGGCCUGCGUCAACAUUACAAAUUGAAAGGCAGUGCACCGAGCAGAGCUCUGGCAACCUUGUUGACUGAUGUUUGUUUUUUAGUGACUGUUACACUGGAGGAAGGUGUUCCUUGGACAGUCCUGGAGACAGAAGCACUGUGUUUCUAGAGCAGGUACAGUACAGACAGCAGCCAAACAAAUGUCUUAUUCCGUGUCAGGCCUUUACGUUCGCUUGCAGAAUGUCCCUGGGAGGGGUGACUGGUUGGCACUUGGCCUUUCUCUUGCAACUGCUGACUAAGGAACCUGUGGUGUUGGGACUGUUGCAAUGUGAACUUGCACCUGUGCCCUAGCAAACUGACCUGUGAAAAGCAUUGCCAGAAAAGAGCAGCAGAGAAGCUGGGUCUCUGUGCCUGGGAAACCCCUUCUGAGCUGUAGAGAUCAUGCACAGAGAACAAGCACAGCUCCACUUGUAAGGUUGCCUUGGUACUGCACCCCUCCGUCCUGCUGCAAUGAGUGGGAAGUCCUUGCUCUUAAAGGUCAUUCUCCUUGGGGAUGGUGGAGUUGGGAAAAGUUCCCUCAUGAACCGGUAUGUCACCAACAAGUUUGACUCACAGGCUUUCCACACAAUUGGUGUGGAGUUCUUAAACCGGGACCUGGAGGUGGAUGGACGUUUUGUGACCCUCCAGAUUUGGGACACUGCGGGACAGGAGAGAUUCAAGAGCCUGCGAACCCCCUUUUACAGGGGAGCAGACUGCUGCCUGCUGACCUUCAGUGUGGAUGACCGGCAGAGCUUUGAGAACCUCAGUAACUGGCAGAAGGAGUUUGUCUAUUAUGCUGACGUGAAGGACCCUGAACACUUCCCAUUUGUAGUCCUGGGCAACAAGAUAGACAAACUUGAGAGGCAAGUGAGCACAGAGGAGGCCCAGGCCUGGUGCAUGGAAAAUGGUAACUAUCCAUACCUGGAGACUAGUGCCAAGGAUGACACGAAUGUGGCAGUGGCCUUUGAGGAGGCUGUGCGACAGGUGCUGGCAGUGGAGGAGCAGCUAGAGCACUGCAUGCUGGGCCACACCAUUGACCUGCACUCCAGCUCCAAAUCAGGAUCUUCCUGUUGUUAAGAGUGGCUGCUGCUUCGGGAAUGUCGCUCGAGCCAGCAGCUGGAUCGGAAUAAGCGUGGGCAGCUCUGUGGCACUCUGAGGAGAGUGGCCAUAAGGACAAUAGGUGGUUUGCUCACUGGGGAGUUGCAGCCUCACCAUCUGAAUUCUAGCUGGAGUUUUCAGGCACAGAGCAUGCAUCUGCACGAGGGAGCUGUUAAAAGAGCAUGUGAGCAUAGUCCUGCUUCCACCUCUGCCUGUUUUAGCAGGUUUCAAGGACUGAGUUAAAGUCCUUUAAAUUCACUAAAGACAGUAGUGAUCUGAUCUGUACCAAGAACUGCUUGUGGAACAAAGCUGAGAGCACUCUAGACACUCCUUGAAAUAUUUUAGUCCCGAACUAAAAAAAAAAAAAUACUAGACCCACUAAACUCAUGACCUUACUGCCAAAGGAAAGUCUGCUCAGCAUACUGAAUGAAACCUGUUGUAGAAACUAGCCCAUGCACUGUGAGAAUGCCAAAUACUAGAGUGGCUGAGGUGUGUGUAUCUGUUGUUUGGGAGAAGUGCACUGUGUCCUGAGACUGAAUUGUGCUGAGAAUUGUUAGAGCUCUGAUCUGAAGCAACAUAUGAAGGAGAGAUGGACCUGUGUUUGAAUGUGGCAGCAUCACUUCUUCAUAGCUGCCUAUUUCUUGACUGUUUUUCCUCACAUCUAACUUUGUCUUGUGUGAGUGUUGUUUUGUGGAGAGACUGUCUGCUUCUUGUUUAAUAUAUGUUUCCUUGUCUCUUCUGGAGGUUCAACACCGGAUCUCGCUUCUCAUACCUUGAAGCCCUCAAUGAAAAAUACCUAUGUGGACACUGACCAGGUCACAUCAAAGGGUUUAGAGUUACCAGGAGUUCAGGAGAUCUGGACCAUGAAACUUCAGCUGGUUUCUGUCACAAAUAAUCACCUUGUCCAGGUGAUAUGCUCUAGCAGACCGACGGUAGGUGGGUGGGAUGUCUCCUAGGUGUGCAGGUGACUGGGGGAGUCGUAUGUGGUCAGCUGUUAAAUCCCCUCACUCGGUGUGUGGGGCUGGUGACCACUGUGCUUCAUUAGCUGGUGGAUCAGUAUCUUCAGUUGCUUUAGCACGGAUGUUCUCAUCUGGAUGCUGCAACAUAGAACCAUUCACUUCAUUACCUGCUGUGUCAGGUGCAGUGCAGCUGAACACAGUUAACUCAUGCCAUUGUCCUGGCCCUUACUCCCUAAUGGGGAAUCCAGUAUGUUUUAUCUGUAAUUCAUAUGACAGAUUUUACUGGUAGAGGAUGUCCACUUAGUUAAUUGGCCUUUGUUUAUGGCUGCAGUGUUCAGUCCACUGGGGAGAGAGCUGCAGUGGUUCCACCUCUGUUUCAACAUGGCUGAAAAGUGGUAGUUGGGGGCAGGGAACCUUCUAGAAAAGGACACCAGGCGUUGUUGAUCUCAGCUUCUGCCCCCUGCUAGGUUUAGUCCCAAGCUGUCUGCGUAGCAAAGAGGUGAGUGCUUGCUGACUGCAGUCUUUGCCGUUAUAACCUCAUGUCCUGCAACUUCCCAUGCAAACGUUUGUCCAAAACUAUGACUUUGCCCAUAAGCACAUAGGAGCCUGCCACAGGGAGAGCUUCCCUGAGUACAUAUCCACUAGCUGCUGAAUGCAGUUCCCACUGUGAUGAGCUACUAGAUGGUAAAUUGUGUAGCUCAAAUCGAGCAGCCUCACUUGUGCUGUGCUUUAGAGCAGGGCACUCUCUGCCUUCCUGCUGGCUGGUGGCAGCUAAUCCCUGUUGCCGAGCAGUCUCUGAGCAUGCAAGGAGUCUCCUCUGGGGGAACUCAGGGUGAUCCUGCCCUUCUCUGUGGGGCAGCCACAUGUCAAAGGGACUGAAGCUUUAAUGCAAAGUGCUUUAGAGGGAUCCGAUUUCUAAACAGGGCUGAACACUUGUAUUCACAGAGAUAGAUAGGGAAUGCUUGCAGCCUCUGGACAACCAGGUCCCUUGAGGUAUAAGAGAAGGCUCUGCCUCCAUAGGUGCAGCAGAUUUUUACAGGAUAUUAAAGUUACUGUUUAUUUACCAAUGUCUGACCUCCCCAGGCCUCUAGAUUUUUCUUCAGUUUAACACUGCUUGAUAUUUCCUUCAAGAUCCAAGACUCUGUGACCUGUGGUUCUGAUUUACAUCUCUGAACAGACACGUUCUCUGGGAACUGGUUAGUGCAGGGAUCCCAGGGUCGGAACAAGCUCAGGCCCUUGUGCGCUGCCCAGCCCUGCUGGAGGAACUGCUGAGGGAGCUCUCUGAAGGUGAAACUGCUGCUGCCCCAGCAUGGAUCUCAUGGGAUCUGUGUGAGGACUGGCACUUCCUGUGGGAGAGGGCAGAGACUGAACAAGCCAAGGUGUAGGAGGCAUGGGUGCAGCAAGUUGUUUGCCGUACCCUGGGCAUGUAUUGAUGCUGAUAGCUGAAGCUCAAGAGCCGCAUUGGGCACAGGCUGUGCAACAGUAUGUAUUGCCGGAGAGUGUUACGCAGCAUCUUUUAUUCCUAACAGA